UAAGAGAAGACCGCCGUCGCUGAAGCCUGCCUUCAGUCAGUCUUCAUUUACAAGCGCAUCGUAACAGCGAGCCUUCUCUCUCUUUCGUUGUGGGCUUCAUUGCGUGCCUUUAUCAGUUCGCUCUUCGCUAACUCACAGAAGUCGCCGAAGUGCCGCCGGGGGGCUUCAGCUGGCCGCGCUGAAGAAGUCUGUUGUGGCUUUGCACGCUCGACAGGGGCAUCGACGACAAUCACUAGUGCAUAGUAGUGCAGUCCUUGUAGACUGUAGCAGGACUUUAAUGUUAACCUAAGUAUGCUAAAUGUUUAACCAUCUUUAUCUUGUACCUAACGUGCGUGCACACAGGAACGAUAUGAGCCUUUAACCCGUAAAUAGAAUAGCAAGCCCGAAAAUAGUUGAAAAGAACGCGAUUCAAGCAAAUUGUGUUCCGGGACCAAUGUUGUGCACAGGUGACCCCGAAGAAGCCCAAAUUUGAAUGUUUGACGAAAUACGCUACCAUUGUGAUCUCUGCGAACUCUCAUUGUGUUUGGAAAGAAGAUAAAUGCGCAUUGUAUGAGGAGUGAUCUAUUAAGAGCACUUGAAUAAGCUUUAGUCUUUGGUCACAAGUUUGAGAAGCCAUUAUACUGGGCAACCGGACAGGUGCUCACCAAACUUGGACUGCACUGGCUAACGAGAAGUAGCCAAAUAGCUAUUGACAAUCUGGCCAUGACCUGAUGAAGUGAGAUACAAUGGAGCACAAGUUGUUACAGUUAACUUUUGCUCAAUGCGAGGUUAAUGUACUGACAGCGUCGAUCGUGACGUAAUUCAGUUCUGCCUUCGAUUUCUUUGAAUGGAGCCGUACGGUUUCGCAUCUUCCUGAGGUAAUUCCCACUUAAAAACUUCAACAGGCCACAAUAAUGGUUCUCCUAACUUCCGGUGUUCGACCGCCUCUACUGUUACUCCCCCUGGCGGCACUUUCCAACAUCAACUGCCUUCAGGGGGAUUUCGUUUUCGAUGACUCGGAGGCUGUGGUUAAUAACCCGGACGUUGUGGGGAGUGGAUCAUCCGAUGUGACCUGGGCCGACUGGGGAGACCUAUUGCGGGACGACUUCUGGGGAACGCCUCUCCACAAAGAGUCUUCGCACGGCUCGUUUAGACCCAUUAUUACUUUUAUUUUUCGACUGAUGUGGCAAGCUGGUAUGAUGCAGGCUAAUUGGUUCCGACUUCUCAACCUAGUGGUCCACUGCAUCGUUACGUUGAACGUGCACUCAAUUCUCCUUACCGCUCUCCAGUUGCCCUAUAAUCCCCUAGAAAAACAUGCCCGUCAGGCGGCUUUCCUAGCGGCCGUUUUAUUCGCGAUCCAUCCGGUGCAUACAGAGAGCUUAUGUAGCGCUGUUGGUCUAGCCGAUUUGUUGAGUGGUCUCUUCUUUAUUAGAGGUUUCGGUGUUUAUCUUCGAUGGAUUGCCGAACCUCGAAGCAGGAGGCUUCCGAUUAUGCUAUUUGGAUACGCUGUACUGGCACUCUUUUCCAAAGAACCCGGAGUCACGCUGUUGGGCGUUUGCGGUGCAUACGAACUCCUUGUCGUCUGUGAUAUUAUUCCUCACCAUGCAAUUACAAAAUACAAAGUAUUUGUCAAUUCGUUUAAGAAAUCAUCUCUGAUACGUUUCGGAUUCUGUGCAGUCUCGGGUGUCUCGCUCGUGCUCAUCAGAUGCCUCAUCGCUAAUUUCAAAGCGCCCACCUUUUUGCCAAUGGAUAAUCCAGCUUCGUUUCUGGAAUCGCCUAUAGAGCGUUGGGUUAACUAUCAAUACAUUUAUACACUGAAUUUGUUGCUCUUAUUUUACCCGCAAUGGCUAUGCUUUGAUUGGUCUAUGGGCUGUGUGCCACUGAUACGAUCUGCCCUUGACCCGCGCAUGUUCUCCCUGAUCGGUUUGUGGGCAAUUGCGGCAACUCUGGUUCGAGCGGCGUUUAUGGACGAUCCACCAAGGCGAUGGCACUGUAUUGCUAUAAGUCUCCUAGUGAUGCCGUUCCUUCCAAGUUCGAACCUUUUUUGUCGUGUAGGCUUUGUCCUAGCUGAAAGAAAUCUUUACCUUUCGUCAAUCGGUUUCUGCCUGUUCAUAUCUAUCGCAAUGCUACAGUGUCAUCGCAACUUGGCUCAACAUCGGAAGCUACAGCGUUUUUGCCUAACUCUUUUCAUACUUCUAUUGUCGGGUCGGUCACUUCGACGGUCGCGCGAUUGGCGGGACGAACGCUCACUAUUCAACGCUGGCCUCGAUGUGUGCCCUCUUAAUGCCAAGGUUCACUAUAAUAUUGCCAAGGUGGCCGAGGAUCGUGAUGCAGCCAUCGCCAGUUACAGACGAGCCCUCGAACUGAAUCCUAGGUACGAGCAAGCAAUGAACAAUCUCGCCAAUAUCCUUAAGGAUUCGAAUCAGCUCGAUGAAGCAAAGACACUACUGGAGACUGCGGUUAAAAUACGAACGAAUUUUGCGGCUGCGUGGAUGAAUUUGGGCAUCGUUGAAGCGGCCCUAAAAAAUUUCGGCCAAGCUGAACUCUGCUAUCGGAAAGCUAUUCAGCAUCGCAAUAACCGAUACCCUCAUUGCUACUUUAAUUUGGGAAAUCUGUAUCUAGAAAUGCAGGAUCACUCGCGAGCACUGACGGCGUAUCGUACAGCCGUAUCACAAAAUCCAUCGCACGCACUCAGCUGGAACAACAUGAUUAUACUCCUAGAUUCACUCGGGCGAUUGCCCGAAGCCGAAGAAGCUGCCCGAGAAGCUUUGAAGCGGAUUCGAAGUGAUAGUGUGACUACGAGGGGAAGUCAAAGAAGUGCUAUAAAAGCGGGCAGUGUGGCCGAGCUUGAAUUUCACUUAGCGAACACCCUCGGCAAAAUGGAACGAUUUAAAGAAGCGGAAGAACAUUUUAAGAAAGCCAUCGAACUCAAGCCAAGACACGCCAGCUAUUAUUCGAAUCUUGGCGUUCUCUAUCAUAGAUGGGGACGAACGGAGGAUGCGUAUAGGGAGUAUCACCGGGCGCUACAAUAUGACCCGUCAAAUACUGCCGUUAAAGGCAACCUGGCCAAACUGGAACGGGCUCGUCGAAGGAAAAGAUAAAGUUAGCCAUGCACUAGCGAAAUAAUCGACGAAAGGCCUAACGGUCUGCCAAUUUUCAGUAUCGGAAACUUUAGGUUACUGCACGUGCUGGGAACGUGUACCGUAUAGAUUAAUAGAUAGACUAUUACUACCAGAGAAAAAAAUAUCACCCACUGCUGUAUCAUGCAUGUUUAUUUAUAACGUUCGUGUAAAGAUCGGUUUUAUAAAUAACGAGCGAUCCCUAAGCAGGCGUUGUGAUCACUGAGGACGCCAACGCACAAGCUGAUCCAGCGUGCUGGGUUCCUUCAUUUGUACAACUCAACAACAGAAAGCGUGCGGACGAAUCGAAUUGUUCUUAAACAACGUAUUAACAGUGGAAGUUCUAGGCGUUCAUAUGUUUACCUCAGCAAUUUGCAUUCAUUUCAGAAUGUAUUUGUCUCCUGACUAGAACAUUGAGUAUUAGCUAACAGCGGUCAUCAGCUGAUAUUGUACAUAGAGUAACCUAUAUAUAUAUAUAUAUAUACAUUAUUAUUAUAUGUAUACAUAUAUAUCUAUACAGUGUGACAACUGGUAAUAUAUAGAUCAGUAUAGUUUUACUAUGAUAACAUACUGAGGUAUUUGAUUAAAAUGCGUUAUAAUGAUAGUUCCAUAAAAGUUCUCUGAGACUGGAUCAGUUUGCAUAGUCAAUCACGAAAUUGUCUUAUUCAGAUGACGUAUAUUAUUGACCUACAUAUCGCGUUCUGAUUUGUAAGUUUGAUACCCUUCGUUACUUCUAUCAGUCAUAGGCUACUCAUGCACAGCAAUGCGUUAAAAUCAACCAGUGUGCCAGUAUGUCUACGUAUUUGGGAUACAAGGACACUGCAUGGCUAUUCCAUACAUGAAAACCGACAGAAAAGGCUAAAUCGACAUAUUUCGUGACCAACGAUGACGAAACACUGUAGCGUGACGUCUUCCCACGUACGCUACCAUAUUGCUUUG